CUUAGGUUCAGGAGCUGAAGGGGCUCAUCAAAGCUUCUCUACCCAGCCCUGGGAGCUGUGUCCAGACUACAGUCCUCACUGGAUGAGUUUCACAACCUACUUGAACUGUUCUUGAACUGUGUCUUUUAAGUAAGUGUGAUAAUGCCUCUUGUUUGCCUAGGACGAUGAUGGAAGUGGGGUGUGAGUGGUGGUGGUGUAGAAACCUCUAUCUAUUGUGUAGCUGGAAUUUAGCCUAUUGUACAACAUGUUUUUGACCCAACCUAACACUGACAUUCGACCCCUGGAUAGUUGCCCAUAGCCUAACUCAUCCACAUGCAAAAUAACUCCUUUGCAGCUGGUGAGUGGCUAUGUAAAUGAGGUUUAGAGCUUGGUAUAUCAGGAGAAUGCUGUGGAGAUAGUGUCAGUAUCUUGAUUUCAGUAAGGCUUUUGACAAAGUCCCCAAUGAUAUGCUUGUGGAGAAGCUGGUAAGAUGUGGACUGGAUGAUGUAACUGCUAGGUGGAUUUGUAACUGACUGAAAGCAAAGAGUGCUUGCUAAUGGUUCCGUGUCAUCAUGGGGGGAAAGUGACAAGUGGGCCCAUUGUUGUUCAAUAUCUUUAUAAAUGACUUGGAUGAAGGUAUUGAGGGGAUGCUAAUCAAAUUUGCAGAUGAUACCAAACUGGGAGGGGUAGGCAAUCCUGCUGAUGACAGAAUCAGGAUUCAAUAUGAGCUUGAAAGAUUGGAGAAAAGGGCCAAAACUAACAAAAUCAAGUUGACUAGGGACAAAUGUAAGGUUCCACCAGUACACUUACGCAGGAAUAGCUAGCUGCACAAAUAGAAGACGGGGAACACCUGGCUUCCCAGUAGUACAUGUGAAAAGGAUAACUUCCUGAUAGUAACAGCUGCUCAACAGUGGAACAGACUCCCUUGGAAGGUGGUGGACUCUCCUUCCCUGGAGUUUUUUAAGCAGAGCUUGGAUGACCAUCUGUCAUUUAUGAUCUAGUUGAGAUUCCUGCAUUGUAGGGGGUUGGACUAGAUGACCCUCGGGAUCCCUUUCAACUCUACGAUUCAUUGAUUAUCUGUAGAACACUGCAUUGCAAGAACUGCAUAUUUUCUACAUACCGUGUUUCCCCGUGUAUUAGAUGAGGUUUUUUGACUCAUAAAUUAUGUCAAAAACUGGGGUUGUCCUAUACACGGAUGGGGGGGGGGAGCUGCACACUGCUAGCCAGCUGGUUGGCGGACACGCAACUCUCCCCCAUGCUGCUGCGGAGGAGCGCGCUCUAGGGAGCGUUCCGCGGCGGCUGGGGGAACUGCACAGCCAGCUGGUUGGCGGGCCUGUGCUCUAGGGAGUGUUUCCGCCCGCAGUGGCGUGGGGGGGGGAAGCGGCUGCCCACUUUGCCAACCCCCAGCAACUGCAAUUUGAAUUAUUUUCCCAUCUCCCUUUGUUGCUUAGGAUUUUGUCCUGAUUUCUUUCUUUUUAGUGACAUUUGGAAUGGUGAGCACAGAUAUGUAUUAUCUAAACAAAGUUAUGGCAGAUCUCUUUCUAGAAACCCCUCUGUCAGAUACAGAUCGUACAGACUUCAAGUCCAUGAGCAGCAUUGCUGACUUUUGGCAGUUUAUAGAAGGACCACUUCUGGAUGGUCUUGAUUGGAGCACUUCUUACAACAACGAAUCCACAGCCAAUGAAAGAAACACCACACUUAUCUACUAUGAGAAUUUACUGUUAGGAGUACCUCGAAUUCGGCAACUAAAAGUCCGUAACAACACAUGUUCUAUCUAUCCCUCUUUCCGGUCAUUUAUGAAAGAAUGCUAUGGUAAAUAUCAGUAUUUACAUGAGGAUAGACAAUCAUUUGGCUUUCAGAAUGACUCUGAGUGGCAUUAUUCAACUUCUAAAUCACUCUCCCCAUGGCAUUGGGGCCUUAUUGGGCUAUACAGUAGUGGAGGAUUUAUGUUCACCUUGCCCAAGUCAAAGGAAGAAAGUGCAGCGAAACUUGCUUUCCUCAAGAAGCAUGGCUGGAUCACCAGAGGAACAAGGGUUAUCUUCAUUGACUUUUCAAUGUAUAAUGCCAAUGUAAACCUCUUCUGUGUGGUCAGGCUCGUUGUGGAAUUUCCUGCAACAGGUGGUGCAAUCCCCUCCUGGCAGUUCCACUCUGUAAAGCUUCUCAGAUACGUCAGCUAUUACGAUUAUUUCCUGGCCUCUUGUGAAGUCAUUUUUUGUCUUUUCAUCUUCACUUUCUCCAUCCAAGAAGUUUUAAAAUUAAAGAAACAGAAAAAGGACUAUUUUAGAGAUGCCUGGAACUGGCUGGAUGUGUUACUGCUCCUGUUGUCUGUUUUCGCUAUUUGCUUCAAUGUUUACCGAACUGUUGAAGUGUCCAGGUUGAUGGAAAGUCUGCUCUCCAAUUCAGAAGCUUAUCCAGACUUCAAUUUCCUUUCAUUCUGGCAGACCCGUUACAAUAAUAUGAUUUCGGUGAAUGUCUUUUUUGCAUGGAUAAAGAUAUUUAAAUACAUAAGCUUUAACAAGACCAUGACCCAGCUGUCUUCCACUCUAUCCCGCUGUGCUAAAGAUAUCAUCGGAUUUGCCAUCAUGUUCUUUAUCAUCUUCUUUGCAUAUGCACAGUUGGGUUACCUGGUCUUCGGGUCUCAAGUGGACGAAUUUUCCACGUUUCAGAAUUGCAUUUUUACCCAAUUUCGCAUCGUGCUUGGAGAUUUUAACUUUGCCGAAAUAGAGCAUGCAAAUCGUAUACUUGGGCCAAUUUACUUCAUCACAUUUGUGUUCUUUGUGUUCUUCGUACUGCUGAACAUGUUCUUGGCAAUCAUUAAUGACACAUACUCUGAAGUGAAAGCUGAUUUUUCAGUCAUCCCAAGCAGAGAAUUUGAGAUCAGUGAUCUUAUUAGACAGAGUUACAAUAAAGCUCUAGUCAAACUCAAACUGAAGAGACAGACAUCACAGACAGAAGACUUGUAUGGAGUAAGCAGAAGCUCCAGAACAGAUGUGAAUAAGAGCCUCCCUAGAGUUGGUAGUUUGGAUAAGGUAAGAUUCUUCUGUUCUAAAAACUUGAUGCUGAAUUCUGUACACAAGACUAUGGACACUUUACCUCUUUUUGGCUGUGCUCUGGUAGAAUCUAGCAUUCAUCCGACCCUGCACACAUUCUUUUCUUCGAGUACUGUGUGUUUGUAUGGAUCAGUAAUAGGAACUUGUUUUAAAGACAGAAAAUGCCUAGUCCUUUCUUCUUUUAUUUUUUACUUCUGCACUUUGUAUAAUGUGACUUUAGCAUGUGAGCAAUGCAGCACAUGUACACGGGUAAGUGACUUAGUGAUGGCUGUUUUUCUUUGGGUAAACAAUAUUGUGUGUCUACAGGAUUAUUCCAUGAAACGGAAAUCUUAUGGUGGCUCAUCUGCAAGGCUUCAGAAUGGAGUUUCGUACGCUGAAUUUCAAAGACUUUCCAGAUAUACAGCAGAUAUGGAGAAACAACUGAAAGAAGUGACCUAUAAGCUUGACACGCUUAUGAACGCUGCUCCUAAAACCACAGAGUCACCAUGAAAGCUACAGUAGGGAAAGAGCAGCAUUGGAGGGGCAAAGAAUAAAUCUCAUUUUGGAACUGCUGGGAGCAGGCACCCCUUCACGGAUACUAAAGAAAAAUGUAGACAACACAUUAAGGCUGUCAAAUGUUAUAGGAAACUAAAUAAAGUUGUUUAGUUUUGUAUCUAUUGUAUUCUGUAUUCCAAAGCCAGUUUGAAAAAAACGAUAUCCCAAUCCAGAAAAGGCAAUUCAGCCACUUGCCACAUACUUAUCAGAAACCAUGGACAUACCUUAGAAUUCCCAAGAUCCCACUCCCCAAAUUUGUCCUUUUAAUUGAUUUUCUUUCUGAAUGUAAGAAUUAAACAAUUUUUAAAAGUGUAGAAUUGCUAAUGUGAAAGUCUUUUGGAAGACAGUAUUUAGAAUUGCUGUUCCCACCAUACCCAUGUUUAUAUGUUGCCCCCCCCCCCGGAGGGUUGACCAUGGUGGCUGGCCUUCAGCACAAAAAAAGGUUAAGCCUGCCGUAGAUACACAUCUGAAUGUACCUUCAAAUAAAAAAUGUUACUUUCAACAGGACACAUUCAUUGCACAGUUCAUCACCCUCACGUCAGUGCGGUUCCAGGUUUGUGUCUGCUUCCCACUGAAAGUAAUGGAGUACUUUGUGUGUGUGUGCCCCAGUGGUGAAGUGAUCUGAUUUACACUCCCAGCUUGUAUUUUCUGGACCAGGGUAAGACUGGAGAAGUCAGUUGCUAAAGAUAAUGUGAUAUUUAUUUUGUUUUGCAUUUGCUACAUUCUUGUGAAAGCUCAAGUAAUUUAAAAGUGGAUAAAUACUGUAAGACAGUUUUCAUCAUUUAGAAUAUCCUAUUUACUUCAGUAACCAAAUGUCACCUGAAAAUUAACACCUCUGGCUAACAUACAGGCUUGAAAUUUUAUCCCCAGGGAAAGAAGGCACACAGCUGUAAUGUAGUCACUGAGAAUAGCCUUCUCUGUGCCCUUGCUGGUAGUGCUAAGAGGAUGCUCUCAGGUACUUGAAACGGUAGCAGGGAGGUGUUAAGUAUGAAACAGCUCACUUUGCACUAAAAUAAGUGUGUCAAGGCCACUUAUUUCCUGUGACUUGUAUGAAUUAAGGAAAUUUACAAACAUUUACUCCUUGCAAUUAAUUCUGCUCCUAUAGAUGAGGAUGCUCAGAGCUGUGGAUGGGAAAAGUAGAGGUUUCUUUAGUGCAUUAGCAUCAAGGCCAUAUUGCAUCAGAAACUUACUUCCUGAAGCCAUCUCCCAAGCUUACAAUUUGUACAUGGAAAAGGACUUUCUUCCGGCAACAGCCAAGUCCCAUUUUUAAAAGCGUUAGCAGCUGAAAACCAUGGUUAACAAUAAAGGAAACCCUGAAAGGCUAGUAUACAUACAUGGCUGAGAUCCUCCCUUUAACAGGUACUGCUAAAUUCUAAACCCAAUCAGCAUCUUGUUUUUAGUUCUUUAGGGGGUUUUUUUAAUCCUAUGUUUCCCAAAGCUCUUGCAACUGCACCAUCAUUUUAGAUGGAUCAGUUGUUUUUACUGCAAGCGAUAUUUCUUUGUGGAUCAACAGAGGGCUCCAAGAAGGAUGGAUGUGUUGCCUGACUUGCAGCUCGGAAACACAAAACUACACUUCUACAGAACACCUCACUCCUCUCUUCCUUUUGAGGCCCAAUGCUGUUUUCUUGAACAGCAGAGAAUGGAUCUCUGUCAAGUAUUAGAACAUAUAGCAAAAGGUGCAUGAUAGUAAUAACAAUAACUUGUUAAGCAACAGUCUAAUAUGGAGGUUAAUCAGAAAAAGCAGACCAAAAAAUCAGAUGGGAAGGAAGGACCUGCUGGCAGGAGUACCCCCAGAUAAUGCCCCAAUGCCCCUGAGACGGAGAAGAAAAACUGCACUGCAAGCCGAAACAGGGUGGACCUUGGAACGCUCUGUACAUCCACAAAGAAAUUAGGUUAACAAAUUCAGAUGUGGAAAAAAACAGGUCUGUAGAACACAAGAAUAACCUUGCUGAAUAUUCUAGAAGUAUAAUAUAAUAAACUGCUUCCACUCGGCAGCACUGUAAAAAUUAGAAGAGUGUGCACAAUGAAUAUAUUUAUUUAUUUAUGGGUCACCUUUCAACCUGAAGGCCUUCAAAGCAGCUUACAAUGUAACAGGAUAAAAAACACAAGUACAUGCUUGUUUCUGGUGAAACUGCAACUACCACCAGUUCUGAGACUCUAAGCCAGGACUACAUGUUAAAAGCCAAACAGUAGAAUUUUAGGCAACAGCACACAGGAUUAAAACAAACAAUUGUUAAAACCUUGUUUAAACGCCCUA